CGCCCCCCUGCACCUCCCCCCCUCGCCCCCGCCAGCAUGUCCGGGCUCGAAGGCCCCCCGCCCCCGGGGCGCGCGCACCUCGGCGACAGCAGCCGGCCCCGGUCGCAGUCGCUGACCGUCCCGCCGGCGGGCCCCUUCGGCACGGCGGCCCCCCUCGGCGGCAUGGCCGGCGACCUGCAGCCCCGGUCGUCCGGACUCAUGCGCCGGUCGCCCUCGCCGUCCAACUCCACGGCCUCCUUCAACUCCCGGUCGUCGACCUCCUCCGUGCGGUCGAUCUCCCCGCGGCCGCUGCUGUCGGCCUCGGACUUGAGCUCGUCCGACCCGCUGCCCGACCCGCCGGCCGGGGUGCUGGCCUCGCUCUUCAGCUACAUCGGGUCCUUCCUCGGGGCGGCGCCGGCCCCGGCCCCGGGGCCGGAUGACUCGGACUCCGAGAGUGGCGACUCCUCGCGCGGGCCGGCGCGGGCCGGGCGCCCCUUCCGCCGGCCGGGGCGGCCGUCGCAAGCCGACGCCCACCUCUUCGGGCCGGACCCCGCCGGGGGGGCGGCGCCGGCCGGCCCGGCGGCCGAUGCCAGCCCCCUGUCCACGUACCUGGCCCCGGGGCCGCCGUCGGCCGGCGGAAGCGGCCCCGGCCCCGGCGGCCCGGAGCUGCACACCUGCAUCGACUGUGCCGGGCCCUCGUCGGUCUAUUGCGUCGUGUGCAAGGAGUCCUUCUGCAAUGCCUGCUUCGAGGUUGUCCACCGGUCCGGGCGCCGGCGCCUGCACACCUGGCGCCAGCUCCUCAACGGCCAGCUGACCAUGGAGUCCAUCAAUGGCAUGGGGGUGGAAAACUUGCCGGACCCGGGUGCGGCGCCGUCCGACCGGCCGGGCACCCCCACCGGCGGCCGGGCCUCCUUCUCGCAGUCCUCCGGGGCCGGGUCGCAGCCGGCCAGCGGCCGGCCGUCCCUCUCGCCGGACGGUGUCCCCGGGGGGGCCGCCCCGGCCGAGCCGGCCGACUUGCGCAAUGUCGAGGCCCUGGCCCGGUCGGUGGCCGCCAGCACCGGCGAGCUGCGCGAGCUCAUGGAACGCGCCAAGUUCGUGCCCGUCCGGCUGAAUGACGAAGAGCGGGACUUCCUGCGCCUGGUGGAGAGCACCUUCCAUGUGAGCAACUACGCCGACAAGGCGGACGACCCCACGCGCAAGGUCAGCCGCAUCAAGCGCAGUAUCAAUGCCGUGUGCGCCAUCCUCCUGAGCCUGGCCGUGUCGACGGAUUACAAGUACGCCGCGCGCCUGGCCCGGGACCUGGACUUCAAGGAGCGCGCCCCCUACUUCGAGGCGGCCUUCGAGGUGGCCCGGCGCUUCAAGAUCAUGAACCCCGACCGCAUGCGCACCUCCUACGGGACCAUGAUGCUGCUGCUGCAGGAUUCCAGCCUGCCGGAGGUGGCCGACGCCCUGGACUUCUCCCUGGUGGCGCCCAUCAAGACGGUGCACUCGUACCUGGAGGCCUUCGGGGCGCUGGCCCUGCUGGAGGACCCGCUGCUCAUUUACGCCAUCCAGGUGAUCUCCCCCUACUCGUCGCUCACCCGGGCCGAGAUCGAUCGCGAUGUGGCCCUCAAGCGUCGGGCCAUCGCCGACCUGAGCCGCAAGCACGCCAACGAGGAGAUCAGCCCGGAGGAGAUCGAGCUCUGCAUCCUCUCACUCGGCGACCACAACGCCUUCCUCACGUACAGCCGUGACCUGGUGGACAUGAUGAUCACCUACCUGAACACCAACUUCAAUCCGAGCGCCCCGCUGCAGGACCGGUUCUCGCUGGCCAUCCGGGCCGGGGAGAACCAGGCCCGGCUGUCGCACUCGCACACCCAGCAGUUCCACUUUGUCCUGCAGUCGCUGACCCUCUGGCGGGAGAUCCUCCACCACAUGUACCAGCUGUGGAUGAUGGCCGAGGAGGACCUGCUGGACAUGAAGGUCCGGCCCUACCGGCUGCAGAACACCGGCCAGGGGGUGCAGCGGGUGCAGCCCGCCCCGCGCCUGUACCGCGCCAUUCAGACCAUCAUUCACAAGGUCCAGUCGCGCCUGUCGCACCAGUGGAUCGGCUCGUCGGUGGUGCACCUGGGCGACCACAAUGUGCCCAAUGCCCUGCACUUCAUCGACAAGUACAUGCAGAUCCCCCGCAUCCUCGGGCCGCUGGUCACCACCCUGCGCUAUGUGGAGUUCAACUGCGCCAGCAACAAGCCGCUGGAGGCCUUCGUCGUGCACAACUUCGGCUCCGUGCAGGAUGCCACCCGGACCAUCCUGACGGACUUCUUCCGCCACGCCUUCGACGGGGCCGGCGCCGACAACUUCUUCGACGCCGGGUCCUGUGUCGACGGCCGCCUGACCAGCACCUGGAACUGGUGCUCGCAGAUCGAGCGCAAGCACUACUACCCGCUCUUCCGCCUGGCCGGGGUGUACGGCUUCGACGGGGACUUCGACGGCUGACCCUUCUUGCAUGCCCCUCCGGCGGGCAGGCGCAUCUGCCCCGUCGUGUGCCCUCCCCAAUGGGGGGGGGGGGAGCCGGGGGGGAUGCCGUGGUCGCGCCUCCCUCCUUCCUCUGGCCACAAAAAAAGCAAAAUAACCCCCGGCAAAGAUGCCCUUUCUGUGCCUGUGUGUUUGUGUGUCCGUGCGCGUGCGCGCGCCUUGCCCCCUCUCUCCCUCCGCCGCGGCGCCAUCCCCUUUGAGUGUGUUUGUGCCGGGGGGGGGGAGUAUAUAUACACACCGAGCUGCCAACUGUUCGGCGCGUCCGCGCCCCGAUCGGGGGCCGCCUUCCCCG